GAGGAGCAGUCUAGGGGCCUCAUCAUCCUCUUCACAUCGAGUAUGACGGUAAUUAGAGAGACCCGUGACAGGUGCAACGAAGUUAGGAAGAUAUUGCAGACUCACCGCGUCUUUUUCGACGAGAGAGAUGUAUACAUCUCGGAAGAGAAUGCCUUGAAUCUGAUAAAGAGGUUGAAAUUGCAAGGAGGAAUGAAUGAAAUGAGAGAUGAUGAGAAAAUACAAAGCCUGAAUGAGUCUGGGGUACUUAGAAAAAUUUUCAAAGACUUCAAGAAAGUAGAGGACGACAUGACGUGUGGCGGAUGUGGUGGCUACAAAUACACCCCCUGCUACACCUGCCGUGGUAGCAAAAAAUCAACAGUAAUAAACUCCCCAAUAUCGCCAUCAUCAUCAUCACUAUUACUAUCACCAUCAUCAUCGUCAACUUUGAAAUGCACAAAAUGCGACGAAAAUGGCUUGGUCAGAUGUAAAUACUGC